AUGAGCAACGACGAGGUCCUCGAUGACCUCUUCAUCUCCGAGAUGGAGCCCGAGGAGCUCUACGAGGAGCUCGGCCCGAUCGGCGUCGGCAACUACGGGUCCGUCAUAAAGGCCCGCAACCGGCAGACGCAGGCGAUUGCGGCGAUCAAGCUCGUCCUCCUCGUCGACAAGGACGAGCGGGACUUUGUACAGAAGGAGAUCAGCAUCCUGAAGAAGUGCGUGCACCCAAACAUUGUGCGCUACUACGGCGCCCACAAGUCGCUGAGUAAGCUGUGGAUUGUCAUGGAGUACUGCGAGGGGGGGUCGGUGGACAUGGUCUACAAAGUCCUGCGGCACCCGCUGCCGGAGCCCCUCAUCGCCUACGUCUGCCGCCAGGUGCUGCUCGGGCUGCAGUACCUGCACGCAAACCGCAAGAUCCACCGCGACAUCAAAGGCGGCAACAUUUUGCUUACCCGCGACGGGGACGUGAAGCUGGCCGACUUCGGCGUCAGCACGGAGCUGUCCCACUCCCUCUCCCGGCGCAACACGUUUGUCGGGACGCUGCUGUGGAUGUCGCCCGAGGCAAUUCUUGAGCUCGACUACGACGAGAAGGCGGACCUGUGGAGUCUGGGCAUCACGCUGAUUGAGAUGGCGGAGGGGGCGCCGCCGUACAUCGACACGCACCCGGCCCGCGCGCUCUUCAUGAUCCCAAAGGUGGACCCGCCCACCCUGCACGACAAGGACCGCUGGUCGCCGCAGAUGGCCCUCUUCCUGAAGCGGCUGUUGACAAAAGACUACCGGCUGCGACCCACCGCGACGGCGAUGCUCAGCGACCCCUUCGUGGCGCCGGAGAACAUUGGGACGAAGGAGCAGAUGAAGGCCGUCAUUGACGAGGUGCUUGCCAAGCGGGAGGCGAUGAGUCCAGAGCGGCUGCACGGUGAGACGAAUUCAAGCGCGACCUUCGUGGAGCGCACCUCCACCGACAGUGAUGGGGAGGACGGGGGGAGCAACGACAGCGGUCUCAGCGGGAGGACGCCGGCCUGUGCGAAGGUGCCUGCCAGCACCUCCCCCGCCUCGAUGGAGGCCAUCGACAUCGGUGGAUCCCACCUCUUUUUCCACGACGGCACACUACUGCCGCUGCCAAUGCUCUCGACCCACGACAUUGGGUUUGAUGAGCUGCGGUUUGAUGGGGAAGGCGUGGGCCCGUUCGCCAAGCCCGUCCCUGACGCCGAGGCGCUGCUUGUGCCACCGGAGCAACGCUCCGCGGCUCUGCACGGCGGCGACGGGCUUGCGCACACGAUGCACGUGACUCAGACCCUUAAGUCCAUGUUGUAUUACCACAAGCAGUUGCCGGUGUUCCGCGAGGUGACGGACGCCGAGGCGGCGAAAUCGAAAGAGCUCCAGUUGAAGUACGGCUCCAUCUUGAAGAGCAUCUAUCGCCUGUGA